AUGGCUCCUGAUAAUAGAGGCAGAAAAAGAGACUCACUGCUAAACCCCUUGAAUUGGGUGAAACGAUCUAGGUCGUCAUCUUCAGCCGCACGAGAAGGUCCCUCUACGACCUCACAAACAGACGAUACUUCGCGCUUCAAGGUAUUUUUGAGGCCUUCUACAAGCCGUCGACCAUCUAUAUCUCCGUCCUUAUUGCCCUCUCAAUCGUCAGAUCUCUGGAGCCAAGCCUUUCGUAAGGCAAAUGAUACAACUCAAAAAUGGCUCAAAGAACAAGGACUAGAUCUCCAUUCUUUAGACGGAAAACAAGUCCAAACUCAAGUCAAAGAGAUUAUUAGCCUCAUGAAAAGUAAAGACUUGUCAGAAGAUACUAGCGAACCGCUUAAAAUCGAGAUCGCGAAUCGCAAAAUCAUCGUUCGCGAGUAUCUCGCAGACGCUAUUGCUUUUGUUACUAUGGUUGGCGACGCAGCUAUUGUUUUCGCACCACCUCAAGCUAGUGCGCCGUGGGCUGUUGCAAAGGCCAUCAUGAAAAUCCCAGUUAAAAAUAUUGAGCAAAAAGCUGCUCUUUUUGGCACAAUCGAGUGGUUUAUACGCAUUACUCGCAGAGGGCAAAUUUACGAAUCUCUGUACACCACGGAAACAACAGACGAGGGCGCUGUAUCGAAUUUACAUAAUGCUCUUCUUGAGCUAUAUACAGCUGCUAUUGAGUUAGUAGCGAGGUUUGAUGUCAUGGCGAAAAAGGGAGCUUUUAAAGAAAUCUUAUCAGUUGUCCUAAGCCCCAAUUACGCUGCAGAUCUUGUCUCAAAUUUACGUAAAAAAGAGGAAGGCGUUGACAGCGAAAUCAGAUGUUGCAACGCAUCUCGCUCUGCUGUAUCAUCUGAGAAAAUGAAGUUCCAGUUAGAUGAUUUGAGAAAACAAUUGGUUCAGUUAUCUUCGCCACUACCUCGGAUCGAUGACAGCGUAUCCAGCCUCUUAGAAAAAGUCAACAAGAGAGAGCUAGAGGAGUUGAUGAUUUUUAUCAGCUCGGAAAUGUUUGGGAAAAGCCACGCUGCUGUUACAGAUACAAGAAUAGAAAACACUGGAAAUUGGCUAUUGGCCAACCGAGAUUUUCGUGCAUGGCAAGAUAUACCCUCCUCUUCAGCUGUUUUUUUACUCAAGGGGGCCGGCGGUACUGGCAAAACAUAUCUCACUUCUAGAGUGAUUGAUCAUGUAAAAAGCAACUUGGAGAAAUUCCCACACCAUGAAGGGUUUGCGUAUUUUUAUUGCAAUCGAUCUGGAUCCUCAAUGCAGCAGCCACUCGUCGUCUUACGAAGCUUCAUUCGUCAGCUAUCUGGUAAGGCCUUUGAUGAUUCUGAUGAAAUACAAAGCAGUCUUCGACAAAAAUGUUUAAAGGCGAAAAAGGAAAUGAGAGAAUUGAGCUAUAAGGAUUGCGAAGAGCUCAUCUUAGAAUCUUUAAAUCUCUAUUCAAAAACAACAAUCGUUCUCGAUGCAUUGGAUGAAUCUGAUGUUGCGACGUACAAUCUAGCAAAAUGUCUCAUUCAAAUGAUGGAAAAGUCUGAAAGGCCUGUGAAGAUCUUUAUAUCAAGCCGACCAGACCGGGAAUACUUGGAAGAAGUAUUCAAGGACAAGUUUCUAAUCACUGUGGAUGCCAGCAAUCAACACGAUGACAUCCAAAAAUAUCUGGAAGAUAAGCUCUAUUCAACUGAGAUAUUUAAACGGCGAAAACCAGAGACACAAGAUGAAAUAAAGCGGAGCAACUGCGACCUAAUCUGCAGGCAUCUGGCCGGCUUGAUUGAUGUUACGCAUCCAGACGCAGAAAGACACGCCGGGGCGCUGGGAGCCGCGUUUGGAAGAGGCAACUACGAUAUCUUGAAAUGGCUUGUAAUGGAGGCGAAUGCAGAUGUUAAUUUCCCUUGCCAUCGCAGAUAUAAGACACUAACUACUGCACAACUCGCUGCCAGUCGUUCCCCCGAUCUGCUGCAAUGGAUGGUGGAUCAUGGCGCCGUUGAUCUAGAGAGAGAGAAUGACGUGAGUCCCUAUUUUGGAAACGUUUUGAUCGCAGCAAUGGGGUACAGCGGCAGUGUGUGGUACAGCACUAUGGGGUAUGGCAAUAUCGAAUCGGUUCGAACUCUGCUCAAGGCUGGAGCCAAUGCUAAUGCUGCCGUGAAAAAUGGCAUGUACGGCAGUCCUCUUGUCGCAGCAGUAGAGAAGGUGAGUAUGGAAGAUCAUGUGGAAACUGUUAAGAUGCUCCUCGACAGCGGCGCGGAUCCAAAUUUGCAUCUGAUAAGUGGCAUGUAUGGCAGUGCGCUUGAGGCGUUGGUGUCGAAAAGACUUAGGUCUAAAAAUUCUGAAGAACAUCUCAGAGAAAUGCAGUACAUGCUACUUGAAGCUGGUGCGGACCCAGCAGUCCUGUCUGACCGAGGUGGACAUGGAAGCGCACUGGCUGCAGCAGCGUUCUAUGGACGCAAGGAUCUUCUCAAGGUCAUGAUUGACCGUGUCGGGACGGAGCGUGCUAUCAAUACACUUCGCCAGAGCAGGCAUCCCGAUAAACGAGAGUUUGAUGAACGAAACUUUAAUGGACGAGAUAGGAAGCGCCAGAAGGGCACAGCCAUAUAUCUUGCCAGGGAAGUGGGCGUAAAUAAAGACAUACUUGAUACCAUCGGCCUAGAGUAUGAAGAAGAAAUGGAAAUUUAG